CGCGCGCCGCUCUGCCGUUCGCACACGGCGCUCUUGGCCUCACUGAGCAUUGACAAGGGCCGCUUGGGCAGAGUGAUGAGUGAUGAGGACUCUGAGACCCCUGCCACCGAGUUACAGGGGGGAGAGGAAAACGAGCUGCCUAUUAUCCAGCUGUGUGGGUUGGUGGAAGAGCUCAGUUAUGGAAACUCUGCUCUCAAAACUGAGACAGAGAUGUUUGAGAAAUAUUAUAAUAAACUGGAGCCCAGGGAUCAGCGACAUCCACGGUUAUCAGAAAUUAAAAUCACAAGAGCAGAAUAUGCACAGUUACGAGGCAGGUACAGAUCCAAAUCCCGCGUAGGUGUGGACCGUGCGAUAGGCCUCAGUUACGACCAAAAAUGUGAGCUUGUACUAAAGGAGCUGGAUGACAUGAAGGAUGAAAUAAGGCACAUGAGAGCAAAUGCUGAACGAGAUCUGCAGCACCAUGAGGCAAUCAUUGAGGAAGCUGAAAUGAGAUGGGUUGAAGUCUGCAGAGCCGUGCAUGAGUUUAAAAAAGAUGUUCUAAAAACUAUAUCCAAGAAGAAAGGGAGUAUUUUGGCCACUCAGAAAGUGAUGAAGUACAUUGAGGACAUGAACCGCCGGAGGGAUAAUAUGAAGGAUAAAUUAUGUUUGAAAAAUGUUUCUCUCAAAGUGCAGAGGAAAAAGAUGCUUUUACAAUUGAGGCAGAAGGAGGAGGUGGGCGAGGCCCUCCAUGACGUUGAUUUUCAGCAGCUGAAGAUCGAGAAUGCUCAGUUUUUAGAGACCAUUGAAGCAAAGAAUCAAGAACUGAUCCAGCUAAAGCUGGCAUCUGGAAACACCCUGCAGAGACUCAAUGCAUACAAAAGCAAGCUACAGCAAUCAACGGAAAUGUCCAUCCAUCUGGACAAGGAGAUCUUGCUGAGAAAUGAGUUACUUGAGAAAAUUGAAAGCGAAACCCUACAAGCAGAGGAGGACCGGGCCAAGGCUGAGGCCGUGAACAAGAGACUCCGCAGACAGCUGGCUGAGUUCCAAGUGCCGCAGGUGAUGGUGUACGUGCGGGAGAAGAUCCUAACUGGGGACCUGGAGAAGACCAUCAAGAUGUGGGAAAGGAAAGUGGAGAUUGCAGAGAUGACCUUAAAAGGCUACCGCAAGGCUUGGAAUAAAAUGAAAACCACCAAUGAGCAUUUGCAGGCAAUUUGUCCCCCUGGGAAGUAGCCAGAGGGAGGCCACAGCUGCAGACCAGAGUGAUCCAUUAAAGUAAUCAGCUCCUUUCCAGUCAAGGGGUCCUCUCACUGUUCCCUGUGCUGCUUGGUGUCCCCGACUCUCCAGCCACGCUGGCAGGCAUUCCCCAGGCCACAUUUGCCCGUGGGGAGUGUUUUCACAGCCUGGCCCCUGGAACGGUUAACACUGAAAGAACCACAGGGCACUCUAAUGGUUUGACACUUGUUAGCCCACAUUUAGUUCACAAGCACAAAUGAAAGUGACCUUCCCGCAUGUGGGAGUGGGACAGAGGAGGGAGAGCCAGCCCAGUGUGCACCCUGGGCCUGUCCAUGGCAGCCCAGGUGUGCAGCUAGCAAAAACAAUCACCAUUAAACAGACAGCAAAACAGAAUGUGACUGCCCAGCACUCAGCAUUCUGAGCUUACUCCUCAGUUGGGUUAGCUCCUAGACUAGAUACCAUUGCAAAAGAAAACAAGCACAAAGAAAAACAAGGUAAUUUCUUGGGGCUGAUGUAACCUGUUCUGACCUGAAAUAGGCCCUCUACCCUCCCCAGAGUCCCCACCAUAAUAAUCAUAGUACAUGGGUUGUAUGUCCACAACAGAAGUCCUGCCUAAUUCCCUUAACCCUUUCCUCCCAAUGUCUGGGCUCUUUCUAGAGCUGUUUGCUGGCAAUGAAUAUACGUCGGCCUUUUUUUCUCCUUGCACGUGUGCUGGGGACCAUCCACCUUGGCCCAGCCCGGAAUGUUUUCUCUGUGUAAUGGUGAAAUGUUCUUUGUAGCUGAGUGAAGGCAGCAAAUUCUCCCAGUGGUGGAAGGCAGACAGCGGAUGGCUGGUUUUCUUAGUCUUGGACAUAAUCCAGUCGCCAUAGUCUUCCACCUUGAGGUACAGUAAAAAGCCAGGGCAUUUCUCACCCCCGUGGGACAAGACUCCUCUCAGCACCCACAGAUUCUGUUGCUGUAGCUGGCACAUCAUGGGGUUUCCAGGGUCCCCCUGUGACAAAGGACAGAAGGCUUCAGGUCUAAGAAAACUCAUUUUCUUUUUAAAUAUAUCCUUGUGCAAUUUACCGUUUGUUCUAGAAAUGUUUUAUAUUGGUUCUCACUUGACGGGGUAAAUUAUAGGAUACUAUUUCCGAUCUAGGCAGCCACCACCACGAAUUCCAACAAGAUGGAUUUUCCUUUUAUCGUGCAGAGUAUUUGCAGGCUUCUGCCAUUUGCCUUUAGCUUCCUGGUUCGCAUUUCAUUUUCAUGCCCCUUUGACUAAAUCCUCACUCUCGGUUCCUCAUUCCUCCAAUGUUGACCAGGCUGGGUUCCCGGCUUUUCCACCUGGCAGCUGCCUAUCAGCACACCUGCUCACCAGCCCUGCCCGUGCUCUCAGCCUUCCUCUGGGACUCAGGGAUUCUACCACACAGACCUUACCUCCUUUUAAGGGAGUGAUGAGAAGCUUGGCACGCUUACCUAGAUGUGUGACCCCGGAGAGUCAUCUACUUCUCUCUGAGUAAAGUGCAGAACCCUAACAGUGCCUGGCACACAGUACACAAAGAAUUAGCUACUAUUAUCCUGGUAAUAUAAAAGGCCAUCAUUUUAUGUGAAAAGCUGAGAAAUAUGAGAAGAGCAAUAAGGCAACUACUAGGUAUAAUUUACCUUAACUGCCCCAGCCCCAAGCCUCCUCUUAAGGUAAUACCUGACCCCACUCCAACCCCGUGGUCCAUCUUGCCCCAAGAAGGGCUGUCAUUCAAAGGCUGACCAGCCCCUUCGGCCCACGUGGCCCGCCUAUGCAGAAGGACUGGGCCAGCACAUGGUACUCUUGCUGCCCUGUGCUGCCAUGGAGCAGAGGGCAGAGAUUUCAUCCCAAGGGCUGGCUGGCUCUGCUACGACUGUUGAAUGGGCUCAUAUCUGCACCCUAUCAUGUCUGCCUGGGGCAGAGAGGCUGUCCAGCCAAGCAUGGCAUGGUCUUCCCUUCUGUCACCAGUUCCAACCCCAAUUUGCUUUAACUGUGGUUCCAUAGCUGGAGGAAGACAAAUAGUGCAAUUUAGGACAAGUAGUUUGAUGAAUGAAUGAUUGUAUGGAGACCUCCCUGGCUAUUGCGUGGUUUUGCAAGUUGCCACUCUGCCCAGGAGUAGAAUACAUGGCUUUUCCUCUUCCUCACAACGUGUGGGGCCCAACUUCUGAAGCCCAAGCAGCUGAGAGAAGAAGUACCAGGUGCUCCUCUGGAGCAGCCCCACCUCAUCUCCUAGGGGAGCAGCCCCAGCUUAAAGGGGCUCUUUUAUUGUGUGAUCCUUAACCUUAACAUUGAACAAAAGCCCUGACAGUUGUGGGGAAAGGAGGGGGGGUGGGUUCAGAGUGAUUCUGCUUUUGUUGGGUUUCUGGGGACCCACUAGGCAGAUAUUGGACUUGGGUGGUUUAUUCUAUAUAUCUGAAAUAUGGCUUUGAGGACUUCUGGACACUAGAACACAUGUCCGAGAGAAGAAAGCAUCCUAGGUAGACAAGUCACCAUUUAUUUGUCUGAGCCAGUUUGCUAGCACAGUUCAAAAACAAAGGACUGACUGCAGGUGUGCUACAGACUAAAACCAGACUAAACUUUGCAGGUAGAUUUGAAGAGGUGAUCAUUUAGAGUAGAAGCAGCUUACCAUAUCCCAUUGAAUCUAAGAUGCUCUUGAAAAAUUAUUAUCGUUUGGGGAACCUGGGUGGCUCAGCUGGUUAAGCCUCCAACUCUUGAU